AUGAAGAAAGAAGGCACUAUAGCUCGAGAAGAUGCCCCAAAACCCGCCGGAAAACCCUCACCGGACGACUUCAAUGAUGAUGACUCCUACAGCCUUUACUUCAAGGGUUUGAUGUGGAAGGAAACAACGGGGUUUGGGGUUGCAAUUUGGGGAGAAGAGGAUGAUAGUCUCUUGUUUCAGAUGAAGAGAUCACUUGAUGACUCUUUCAUCACAGUUUUGGAGGUUGAGCUUAUAGCAUUGAAGCGAGGACUAACCGAAGCUGCGAGUUUGGGGAUCAAUCAUAUCACAAUCUACUGCGAUGAUUAUAGGGUUUUUGACUUGAUCAUGGAGAGAUCCGCGCCAGAGCAAGAGAACAUCGCCUUGAUCAUGGAUGAUGUGCAACGCAUCAGACAACAAUUGCCAUCUAGCAUCGCUGUUCUUGUGACUGAUCAAAAUCAAGUCGAGUUUGCAAUGGACUCAAUAAACAUACGUAUGCCUCCGUCUCCGUCUCAUAAGAAGACUUGCGGUAACUGUUUCGACUAUGAUGGUAUCAAACCUGAGCUGAUGCUUUCCUCUGGACUAUGCCGUCAUCAGUUCUGCGUGAAUUGCAUGAAAGAACAUAUAGAAGUGAGACUACAAGACGGAAGAAGUGUACCGAGAUGUCCUCGUUAUGGGUGCAUAUCGAACCUAGAUCUUACAAGCUGUGCUCAUCUUUUGACAUCUAAAGUACAAAAGAUGUGGGAACGAAGGAUCAAACAGGACUCGGUUCCUGAAUGGGACAGGUUUCAUUGCCCAAAUACAAGCUGUUCGGCUUGGAUGUCGAGAACUAAGCUCUUCGAAUCCACGGAAGAAGAGGGGGUUAGGAGAUGCUGCUUUAAAUGCCGUAAAGCCUUUUGCAUCUACUGCAAAGUCCCAUGGCAUAGUAACUUGUCUUGGGAUGAAUACAAGAGAUCGGUCCCAAAGCCUAGUACAAUAGUGUUGCGACAAUGUAGAAGUUGCCAACACACGAUCGAACUAUCGGAAAAACGCCGUGACAUAACUUGCAGGUGUGGCUAUUCGUUUUGCUUCACAUGUGGGGCUCAAUGGAAACUUGGAGGUUGCUCUCAUCAUCGCCAAUUUGAUUUGAUAUUGAUUGGCUGUUUUUGCUACGCUUUCUUAGUAAUUGUUUUUGCAAUUUACCCUUCUGUUUAUCACUAA